AAAUCAUCAAGAGGCGCAAUUGAUUUAAGCGCAGAUGACCCCCUUGCAGUCGCAGCAAUGAUGCAAUACUGCUAUCAACUAGACUAUGACCAACUGUCUAUCUCGGAUGAUGAAGCACCCGAGCCCGCCACUCUGCGCUCACAUGUCAAUGUGUACAUGCUGGCAGAGCGGUACGGGGUUGCUGGAUUGAAAGCAAUUGCCAUGGAAAAGUUCAAAGAUCUCGCCAUCGUAGUGCUGAAUGAAGAUGGUCAAGAAGACCAGCUGCAGUCUGCAAUCCGCGCUAUUUUUGCCCCGGAUCGUAUUGCAAACGGCGAUGCGCUGAGAAACGUCAUGGUGAAGCUGUGCGCAGAUCAUGUGCAAGCGUUCAUCCAUGACACGGGUAAGAAGAUGGCUCUCGUGUACGAGUCUAUGGAAGAGUUUCCAGAGUUCAGAGCAGAGCUGUUUGAUGAGAUGGGAUCUCGUUGGAGGGUUUGAGAAAACGUUCAUCCGCCGUUGUGAUGGAAGCGAUCGUUUGGUCCCUGAGAACC